AUGGACAAGAACAUUUUGUUGGAGAUAUGCAAAAACUCAUCUUUCAGGCUUUUUCUAAUCUCUAGUAUCGUGUGCAGGAGCAAUACCAAAAACGGCGGAAACUUCUCCUUGGCUCCCCUCUACAGGUGUUACUAUUCCUUCCACUGUGAUUUUGAUGGCAUAUUUGUUCUUCUGCUCUUCCCACCUCUACAGAUUGUGACAGAUUGCAUUGUCCAAAGAGUUCAUCCUGCAACUCAGAUUAGGAAGAUUAAAAGGAUGAAUCAACUGAGCUGUUCUAUUGCUGCUACGGGUCCGAUCGAAGGAAUGAGGUUAGCCAGGAAGAUUGUGACAGACUGCAUUGUCCACAGAGUUCAUCCUGCAUUUCAGUUCAAGAAGUUUAAGAUGAAUCCAGUGAAUCAAAUCAAGUGA